GUUACAAUAGCUCUCAAGGGGCAGGUCGCCCAUGAUGCGGACAGACCCAGUAAUGCCACAUUAUUUUUGCGCACAGACCAUGAUGAAUUAGACUAUUCAUUUCACUCCAUUUCAGGUUCAAAUACUUAAAUCAGACAUAGUCUUUAUUAAGCAACAUUCAAUUACAUCUCAAUCGACUAUUAAAAGAAUUGAACCUAUUUAUUUAUCACCUACAGAGGACUCCGGAGCAUUUUCAGUUGAGAGCGUGUCUGGUGAGAGGCGGAUCGCUUGGUUGGAACGCUUCCCUUCACUGGGCUGCUGCGCGGCUCUCUUGCACCUCCAGAGAAAGGCGGGGUGAGUCUAUCCGGUCUAUCCCAAGCCCUGUCUAAAAACGGACUCCUUCGGACAUCUGAGAAGGAAAAAAAACUCCGGGGCUGGAGCAAAGGCUGUUCAGAGGGAAACGCGUGUUGAGACCAUUAAUAUCUGAGACCAUUACGCACGGAGUUCAGAUACAGAAUUGACCGAGUUCUUCACGUUAAUGACAAUUUAGUUGAAUCACUUUUUUUUUAAAUACAGCGAUACAAUCAUUUAGAAUAUACAUAUUCGUUUGUUACAGAGGUGAAUUGCAAGAUUUCUAAAAACUCAAAGAUCUAUCGACAAUUCAAAAGGACAUUUCCAAGGAACCAUGAAGGAAUUAUCAACUUUCUGCCACAGGGUGACUCUGGUUGCUCUACUUCUAACAACUGUCUCAGCUACCAAGACGAAUGUACCACGACUCAGACUUUCAUACAAAGACCUCGUGGCCACCAACCGGUCCUCUAUCUUCAGUGGGCAUGACGGUCAGCUCUCUCUGACCGCUGUGUUUCUGGACGAGUACCAUGACCGUCUGUUCCUGGGGGGCAAAGACGUCCUCUACUCCCUGAGACUGGACCACACCAACCCGGACUCCAAAGAGAUCUACUGGCCUCCGUUGCCUGGUAACAAAGAUGACUGUGUCCAGAGAGGGAAGGAUUCUCAGACGGAGUGUGGCAACUUUGUGCGCCUGCUGCAGCCCUAUAACCGCACCCACCUGCUGGCCUGUGGUACGGGUGCCUUCCAGCCCAUGUGUGCCUACGUGUACGUGGGCCACCGUGGAGAGCAUGUUUUCACCAUGGACCCUACCAAUGUGGAGAACGGACGGGGGAAGGUUCCUCACGACCCCAGCCUCCCCUUUGCGAGCACCUUUAUUGGUGGGGAGCUUUACACAGGGCUGACUGCAGACUUCCUGGGUAGAGACUCAGUGAUCUUCCGUAGUCUGGGAGGUCGCUCCACCAUGAGGACUGAGACGGACCAGAAACUACUGCAUGAUCCUAAGUUUGUUGCGGCCCACCUCAUCCCUGAUAACGAUGACCGUGACAAUGACAAGGUGUACUUCUUCUUCACGGAGAAGGCCAUGGAGGCCGGAGACAGGGAGGGAGCCAUCCACACCCGCGUGGGACGAGUAUGUGCGAAUGACGCAGGUGGACAGAGAGUUCUGGUGAAUAAAUGGAGCACCUUCAUCAAGGCCAGGCUGGUGUGUUCUGUACCCGGGCCUCAUGGAAUCAACACACACUUCGACGAGCUGGAGGGUAUUUUCCUGCUCAAAGGCAAGGAUGAGAAGAACCCAGAUGUUUACGCCAUCUUCAGCACCAUCAGUAACGUGUUCCAGGGCUUUGCAGUGUGCGUGUAUCGUAUGGCAGACAUCCGGGAAGCUUUCAAUGGGCCGUUUGCGCACAAGGAGGGACCUGACUACCAGUGGGGGGCUUACGAGGGCAGAGUGCCCUAUCCAAGACCUGGGGUGUGCCCCAGUAAAAUAACCAACCAGCCUGGCAGACAGUUUGGCAGUACCAAGGACUUCCCAGACACAGUGCUUCAGUUUGCCCGGGGGCACCCCUUGAUGUGGCGCCCGGUGUACCCAGCCAUGAGGCAGCCUGUGCUGAUCAAGGCCAACGUGCCCUACCGCCUCAAACAAAUCGUGGUGGACCGCGUGGAGGCUGAGGACGGACAGUAUGAUGUCAUGUUCAUAGGCACAGACACAGGCACGGUGCUGAAGGUCAUCGCCCUGCGCAGCGGCAACUCUCUGGACACAGAGGAGGUCACUCUGGAGGAGCUGCAGGUCUUUAAGGUGCCAACUCCCAUUACCUCUUUGGACAUCUCAGUAAAAAGGCAAGCACUGUUCGUGGGUUCUCCAUUGGGUGUGGCUCAGCUGAGGCUCCACAGGUGUGAGACGUAUGGGAAGGCCUGUGCUGAGUGCUGCCUGGCCAGAGACCCCUAUUGCGCCUGGGACGGCACCUCCUGCACCCGCUACACCUCGCUCAGCAAACGCCGCUAUCGCCGCCAGGACAUCAGGCACGGCAACCCGGCCCUGCAGUGUAUGGACCAGAACCUCAGUGUGGAGGGAUUGGAUGUGACAGAGGAAAGGGUUGUGUACGGAGCAGAGAACAACAGCACCUUCCUGGAGUGUAUCCCCCGCUCCCCCCAGGCCACCGUCACAUGGCUGCUCCAACGGGACGACCGCAAGGAGGAGGUGAAGCUAGAUGAGCGGGUGAUGCGUACGGAGCAGGGCCUGCUGUUCCGCCGUGUGCUCCGUCAGGACGAGGGCGUGUACGUGUGUCGCUCUCGUGAGCACGGCUUCACCCAGACCCUCACCCGCCUCUCCCUGGAGGUCCUGCAGGGGGACACACUGAGCGAGCUGCUGGCCCGUGACGACGCCCCCCUCGACGGUCCCCAGGGGGCGAAGGGCUACCGGGCCUGGCCUCCCUGCCACGCUCACAGGAGCACCGGCCCCCUCAGCCAACAGCGCUCCUGGUUCAAGGACAUCAUGCAGCUGAUUGGCCCGUCCAACCUGCCGCACGUGGAGGAGUACUGCGAGAGGUUGUGGUGCAACGACAAGCUGCGGCGCAAACACAAGAGCAUGCUGGACAAGUACCGGCAGGCGCAGGACAGCGCACGCAAGGCCCGCAACAAGGGCUCCGGGGAACGCAACCGGACGCCGCGGGACGUCAGCAGCCGACAGCCGUAGAGGGGAGGGAGGAACGGAGAGGGGGAGGAAAUAGAGGACUGGGAGAAGGACCACAUGACACGAUUAAUGAGAGACUGAGAGAGAAAAGGAAGAGGUGGUAGUUCCAUGUAUUGCAGGAAGAGAGACACUGCCAACAGACUGUGGUGUUAAGGGUUGAGACUGAUGUGGACGGGGGGGGGGGGGGGGGGGACUCAUCAACUCUCCUUGACUUCAUGAAGAAACCCUCAACUGUUUUCACCAAGGGACCCCUCCUCUCCAUUGCAUCAUCAGUGACGUUGUAUAUGACUAUUGACUGACUGUACUGUGCUGUAAAUACUGUGUGGGGUUGGACUGCUACAACUGAUGACCUUUGACCCCUUAUGGCGCCCAUCUCUCUUUGGUCCGUGAGCCCAUUCCACACGAUGUACCCCUUAUGGCGCCCAUCUCUCUUUGGUCCGUGAGCCCAUUCCACACGUUGUACCCCUUAUGGUGCCCAUCUCCAGUCUGUUUGCCUCACCCUGCACCUCAUCAUACUUCUUCUGGAAGAAAUGGGGCUUAAUAUAAUUUUUUUUAAAGGGUUCUGUGGCUCACUUCCUGCACAGUAUUGCCUUCAAAGAGGUCCUAGAACACCGAAGCGCCGUAGUUUUUAGCAGUGUAAUCCCAUCACCCUGAAAGUCAUUCACAACCGGACAGUACGUUCGCAAGCAUGCAGUGUUGAGUGGACAUCUAAGUGCACUCACACAUCAUCCAUCACACACUCAGCCAUAACAACGCACCAGAGCAUUGCUUUAACUGAACGUUUUCAUGAGACGAUUGUUGACGGUUCAACAGAGAAAAGGCCUGUUUGUUUUAUCAGCUAGACUCCAGUUCCCACCAUUCCUAGUUGUGUCGUUCCUAACAAUGGAAGGAGAAGAACGGGUCGUUGGAGCUGGCUGAAUGUUCUGCUGGUGCUUUGUAAACACUGCUUCAUUAUUUAAAUACAGGGUUAGCUAUGAUAUUUCUCUCUCUGUUGUUAUAAUGCAAUGUUUUCACAGACUUCGCUGAAAAGCGCUCCUUUCAAGGGCACUGGUUGUAGGGAAAGGUGGGGGUCAGAGGAGUGAAGGGACAGGGAGGAUGGGACGGGGUGAGGGUAUGAAAUUGGGCUGGGUUCUAAAUAAGGAAUAGGGGGUAGUGAAUGGGGUCGUAGAAGUUGUGGGUGGGUUUUUGUUUUUUUACAAUGGGUGGUGGCGUGAUAUUAAAUUAGUUGGGUUAAUGUGGGUGGGUGGGGGUCAGGGGAUAGCUAUGCGAUCCUCCUUGGUUGGCUUGCAAAGGCUAGCCAGGAGAAGUGUGGGGUUUAACAACUCCCACUUGCUCCCAUGCCUUGGUUGCUUUCACUGGCAUACAAACUUGCCUGUAGAGGAGGAAGAGGUGGUGGUGGUGGUGGUGGG